AAGGGGGGGGGUGCUUUCACCGCACAGAACCACUUCAGCUAUUAGACGUAGGCAAGGCAGGGGAGAGAGAGGAUUUUUAACCGAUAUCUGUCUCUUUAAGGGGACUUAUCGCAAAGGUUUGCGAGAAAAGGGGACCUGGGAAAAAACGAGCACUACGAUCUAACAACAUCUGGAGCCGCUAAAGACGGAUUCCGCCAGUGGAUUUAUAAAACUAAAGCAGGCCUUGGAAUAUCGAGUGCUUUCCUUUCCUUUGAAAUGGAUGUGGUUUGAACACGGGCAGGAGGAGGAGGACGACGAGGAGGAGGAGGGGGUGGGGAUAUUAUGAAGCUCUUUGCAACUGAAUAAAUACAUCGAUUAUUUAAAAAUAUUGCGAUCUGGAGGCGGAUGGCUUCAGGGAUCAGCGGUAUCGUCACGCUUUUCUUUGAGCUUUUUAGGUAGUGGUAUGACUUGGGAAAUGGAGAAAGCGUCUCACUGGUAAAAACUUGUGAAUAUAACUCGCUGCGUUAGCUGGCCGCCGACGGCGAAUUGUCUGCCGUGCAAAUUUCAGGCGUUUUAUGUCCAGUGCCGUCCCGAUGGACUGCCUUUAAAUGAUAUAUUUCUAUAUGUUGGUGGUCGGAUUAUGGAUUGGGUGGAGGAAAAGACGAAGUAAGAUGUGAUUUAUUGCCGUUGUCUGCGGUAUGCAGCAGCCGAUGUUGCGUUGUUACAUUGCAACUAAAGUUGCAAAACGAGUGAAACAGUUGCAUAUUUCAAUAUAUUUAACUGUGUAGCAGUUUCGGUUCCGAUUCUGGACUGUGUUGAUUGUCGCGCUGUACCGAAGCUCGGCUAGGUCGCUGUCUCUCGGGAAGGGGAUCUUUUUUGCAUUAUUCGCCGGCACCGCAGAUUAGGUGGAAAUGUUUGUUAACGAUAUUCGCUAGGUUUAUAUUCAAGGUCAUUCCCGUGAAUCUAGUCGCCGUAGGUAGAUAUUACGGGAUCCCCCCACCACCACCAGCCCCGCAUUUCUGCUCAUCCAUCACAACAAAGUCACCGAUCAGUUUCUGUGGAGCACUGAAACAAUAUUUCUAAAAAAAAUGGAUGGGAAACUGAAGACUAGGAGAUCACGAUCCCAGCGGGACAGGGUGCGGAGACGGGAUGCCCGAAACCGUAGUGCUUCGUCCUGCUCUGACGGAGAGCGGAGUCCGGCCAGGGAUCACGCGUCUUCCCAGGACAGACAAAAACCCAACAUGACACCCUCUGCACGGGCUACGCGCCCCCCUCGCAGAAAGAGACGGGGAUCCUGCUCCCAGGAAGAGGAUAUUAUUGAUGGAUUUGCCAUAACCAGUUUCGUGAGUCUGGAUUCUCUUGAGCUGGUCCUGCAGAAGAAGACCACAGUGAGCCUGAGGGCAGCAGACGUGAAGGAGCGCUGGGAGAGGCAGGUGCCCAAGAGGCCACGGACCUUGGAGAACGGCGUGACUGCGCCUAUUUCGGAGAACGGCCUCCAUGAGCAUGGCCCACUGGAGCGUGGGGCCGGCUGCGAGCGCGACCUUGAUCGGGGCAGAGAACGGGGCAAGAUGAGGACCUACUCAAAGAAGAGCAAGCAGGUUAAGGGGCUCUUCGGCCGGCUGGACGGAAAUGGGUCCAGCGAGACAACUGGCGCCCCCCGGAAGUCUGACUCCAAAGACGGACUCAGUGAGAGCUCUGGUCAUUCCCUCUCCGGACGGGGCUAUUCGUGUGACAGCGAGAGUGACAUCGAUGACAAGGCCUCCGAUGUCGGAUCAGAGAAGCUCUUCUCCCCCACGGUCAGCAGAGGCCUGACCGCGAAUGAAAGCCGCGACUCCAAGACCUGCAGCUCCGCCCAGGUAUCGGGCCUCCAGCGCAGCCAGGAGCAGAGCAGCGAGGUGCCGUUCGGCCCCCCCAUCGCCAGUCCCACCCCCGCCUCCCCACCUACCGGCUCGCCGGCCCCCGCAGCGGCCGCCGCUCCGCCCCCCAGCACUCGCGUGCCUUCGCCGCCUCCACGGCCAAUCAAGAAGGAGGUGACUGCAUCGGCAGCCACGCCCCCUCUCGUGAAGGCCCAGUCGCAGCCUCAGCCAGGGCAGCGGGUCCCGCCUUCUCAGCGGCACGCCCUUCCUGUACCCAACCACCCGUCACGCUCGUCUUUGCAGUACGACAGUCCACACAGUGUCAGCAGCAGCGGCAGCUCUGCAGGCAUUGGCCCCUCCCGGCACCACGCCCCCUCAUCCCACCACGCGGUGAGCCGCGCCUCCCCCUCUGCAGGUCCGCCCCUCGCCAUCUCCAGUCUCCCAGGCUACUCCCUGCCAAGCCCCGCCCACCGGCACCCGGCCAUGUUCGCGAGCCCUACCCCAUUGCCACCGCCUCCGACUCUACCGACCAAUGGCAUCGUGGGACACCACCCUGGUGCAGGCUAUCCCGAGCACAACCUUCUGCGGCAAGAGCUGAACAGCCGCUUCCUGGUUCAGUCUUCGGAUCGCAGCGGGGCUCCGCCGGCCCCCUCCCUCCUGCGUGCUGAGUUCCACCAGCACCAGCACACGCACCAGCACCAGCACACCCACCAGCACACCUUCACGCCCUACCCCGGAGGCCUGCCCCCAGCCACCAUCAUCACUCCCCCCGCAGCACCGCCCAUGGUGCGUACCCGGGCCCAAAACUUUGAAAAGUAUGCUCCGAAGCUGGACAGCCCUUUCCUGAGGCACAGCUAUUUCCCCACCUGCCCCCCAGGGAUGCCAGGCCUUGGCCCUCUGCUGCCCCAUGCUGGACCCUUCAGCCAACUGCAGGGGGCCUUUCAACCCAAGGACAUUGGCGUGCGGCCUGGGGCAGCUCCGCACACACUGCUGCAGAAGGACCCCCGGGUGUCAGACCCCUUCAGGACGUUGGUCAGGAAGCCGGGGAAGUGGUGUGCGCUCCAUGUGCAGAUUGCGUGGAAGAUUCACCAGCAUCAGCAGAAAAUGAAGCAGAUGCAGCUGGAGCCCCACAAAUUGGACCUGAGCGGGAAGCUGGACCUGCUGAGCCGCUCGCCAGGCCCCGCCGCAGUCUUCCCGGGGCUGGCUUACCCCCACGAGCUGGCCAGACCUCUCUUUUCCUCCUCAGGUUCCGGCCAUCCUGCGGCGUCCCCGUAUGGCCCCUCCCCCCACCACAGCCACUUCCUUCCCACCAGUGCCCUGGCAGAUCCUCUCAGUCGCUCUGGUACCUUUGGUGGCCUCGGCAACCUUUCAGCCAACGCGUUCGGAGGACUGGGCAGCCCCUCCCUGGCCUCUGCUGGCGUCUUCGGACACAAGGAGGGCCACGGACUGCCGGCUUUUGGCAGCCCUCACCACGACCCCUGGAACCGGCUGCACCGGACCCCCUCGUCUUUCCCCACACCCCCACAGUGGCCCAAGCCCGAGCCAGAGCGGAGCCGCUCAGAGAAGGACUCAGAGAAAAGGGAGUCGUCCAUCGCCAAGGAGGAACGGGAGCGAGAGAGGGACUCCCGUCACUCCAACCGCUCGUCCCCUGCCUCCACCCCUGCGAGCUACCAGAUCAGCAGUCUGAUCCGCAGCAGCAGCGCCAGCGACAUGGGCCGCCACCAGGGCGGCGGUGUGGAGCGGCAUCGCGAGGCUGACAGGGAGCCUCUGGAGCGCCAGAGGGAUCUGGACGUCAAGGUGAAGGAGAGCCAGGAACGCCGGCCUUCGCCCGGCACCAAGCCUGUCCUCCCGGAGUCGCACGCGCCACCCAAAGACCCACCCCCCGGGGAUGUGCUGCACUAUGCCAAGCAUGAGCUGAAGAUCAAGGAAGAGCGCAAAGACGAGCAGGAAGUGCCAACAGGCAGCUCGGACUCGGCCCCCCGGCCUCUCCCCGCUCACCACCUCCCCCGGCACUCCCAGGCCUCGCCCCGCUGCAGUGACCCCUCCGUACCCAGCUCCCUCCACGGUGCCCACCUGCCACACUCGCUGCCCCUCCCUCUAGGCCCCAUGCACACCAUGGGCAGCCUCAGCAGCUUGGACCGUGCCCGCAUGCCCCACUUCCUGGGGGUGAGCCCACUGCCCGCCAGCCGCGAACGCCUAGCCCACCCAGCCUUCGCCUGGGGGAGCCCCCUGCGAGAGGCUUACCACGGCCUGGACCUGCAGCGGCGCCUGGAGCUGCCGGGCCAGCGCUUCCCGGGCCUGUACGACUCGGAGAGACCGUUCCGGGACCGUGAGCCACACGAUUACUCGCACCACGAGCAGCAGCUGCUGGAGGCCCGGCGGGAACAUGAGCGGGACCGUCUGCGGCUGCGGGAGGAGCUGGACCGGGUCCGACUGCACCAGCUGCACCAGUCACCGAUGGAGGGCCACCUGCCCCACAUGCCGCCCUUCAUGUCGGCGCUGGGGGGCCUGCACUACCCCAGGCUGAGUCCAUCCGCCCCUCACAGCGGGCUCCUCAACCGGACGCCGCCCACCGCCACACUGGGGGCCCCACCGCCCCUGGUCCCUGCUGGGAGUGGCCGGCCCACCUCCCCCCGGAGAACUGUCCCAGACCCUCGCGAUUAUUCCCCCUCCCGCAGCCACAAGGAGGUGGAGGCACGGUAGCUGUGGCCGGCCACCGAAUAGGGACGCUCCUUAACGGUGUUUCAGUGACAGAGUGCUGCACGCGUGUCACAGGCGUGCCGGGCUCACUGGCGAACGCAUCGUGUCACACGGCCGACAAACAGUGGCUGUCGGCCUCAGCGAGAGAGACUCAUCACAGAAUACCUUCUAUACAUGACUAAAACUUGAUAGUAAUAUAUCAAUCUUCUCAAACUUUUUUUUUCUACCUUUCACAUGCAAAGUGAAUUUCUGAAUACUGAAUAAUGUACAUUUCUUAUCCUCAGUGUACAGUCAUUUAUAUGAAUUUGUACUUUUUUGCAGAAUUCACUUCAGCUGUAUUUUAUUUGCGUCUUUAAUAUAAGAUCUUUCAUUAUUUAUCCGAGGGAGACACUGUCUCGCUGACAGUGCUUUUUAUUUUUAUUUUACAGUGUUUGGUACAUGGAAAUUACUCUGACAAAUUUAAAAUUCUGUCCUUCUUUUUUGCCUAAUUUAGAUAUGCAGACAAAUCAAUGUUAAAGUAUCUUAUUUAGUUUCUGUAAAAAAAAAAAAAGACAAAGGAAAUGUGUAUAUGUUGUGGAUAGGAUACAAAUCC